UCCUUCCUUCCCCCUUGCUCUACUUUCUCUCUCCAUCAGCAAAUUCCAAUCCUUUUCACUCACUCUCAGAAAACGCCUCUGCAUUUUCACAAUCUUCAAAUCAUCCAUUUCUCCACAAUCUUCAGGAUCACUCCAUAUUAUUCAAAAUCCUGUCUUGGGUACCUUUUUGUCAUCUGGGUUUUUCUCAGAGCUUCCUGUUAUUUUCUCGACAACCAAACAGGUUUUGCAUGCAGAGUGAAGCUUGAUGAAAAGCAUAAAUCUUUGAUCUGAAGCAAAUAGUGCUUCAUUUAAUGUGAUCAAUCGUUGCCCGUGAAGCAGUGAUUGAAAUUCUGUCUGUUUUGCAUUGAAGAUUUCCCUCAAGAUUUCGUGUCAGAGCUCAAGAAUUACACACAUUCAUAAAGAAGAAAGGGAUCAGAAUUGGAGGUUGGAUUUUCUUGGCUAAUUUGGUUCAUGAAUCUGUCUGGGAAAUUUUAGUAGUAAUGUAAGCAAAACCCAUUUGAGGAAAAGGCCUUUAGGAUCUAAAAAAUGGGUUUUUGUAUCUCAAAUUGUUGAAUUCAGAAGUUGGGUAUUGGACUGUGGAGCGGUUUGGUUUUGGUUGUUUGAUUGGGUUUAGUAGAAGCUCUAGUUUUUUAUCAAAACUGGGAAGAAUGCUGGAGCCAGAGCUCUGUGGUUCUCGGAUGCUAUCGCCUUUUCGGGACGAAAGCGGAGAUGAGGAACUUUCAGUUCUUCCCAGGCACACCAAGGUUAUUGUCACUGGAAACAACAGAACAAAGUCUGUUUUGGUGGGUCUUCAAGGCGUGGUCAAGAAAGCUGUUGGGCUUGGGGGUUGGCACUGGCUGGUUCUGAAAAAUGGAGUUGAAGUUAAGCUGCAAAGGAAUGCGUUGAGUGUGCUGGAACAUCCUACAGGGAAUGAGGAAGAUAGCGAUCUUGAUUACUCUAGCGGCAUCUCUGACCAUGGUGAUAAGGAGAAUGAUUUCUCUAGAUGCUUUGAGUUCCAUAAGCAUAGUAAACCAAGAGUUCGAUUUUCAAGGCCAUAUGUUCCACCCUCAGCAACGAAGUCAGUAAAUCGCGGAAGUUAUAGAGAAGUUCAAUACAUCCAAGCACCCCAAUCGAGAGUAAACUUGGGAAAACUAGGAACAAGCUCAUUGAGGAAGUAUUGCAGACACUUCAAUCUUUUAAGCGGCAAUUCUAAUCCAACAAGGGAACAAUUGAUCAAUGCUGCACAACGACAUUUUUCAUCACAGCAGAUGCCAUUGGAUGAGGUAUCGGUGGUCACUGAAUUUGUCGAUGCUGCCGGGUGUCGGAAGUGGAAACAAGCAGAACGAGAAAUGUGAACGUCAAAAAAAGGAAAUAUGGUUGUAUAAUAAUAUACAUAUGUAUCUACUAACCUAACCGUUAGGUCAGAUUUAAUCAGAUUUAGUACGGUGACAUCGAUCCCUUGAAUCCUAACUUUGUAAUACAGGGCUCAUACCUAAGUUGUUCUAUAUCAGUAUUAGGUAUUAAUCUCAUCAUUAUAUCUGCCA